UCAAAAAAUAAAAAAUAAAGUAUAAUUCAUGUUUCUUUCAAAAAGGAAAAAAAUUUGAGCUUCAACCCUUCGAACAAUUGAAUACCCGGUUAAACAUCGUUAUCCAGUGUUGAUUGUUGAACUUCCGAUGGUGUCGGGUGGAACUAGUUUGGUGGCAACGGUGUCAGUUACGGCGGCGCCGCUGUUAAUCUUCGUAUUCUUGUUCGCUCAAAUUUCCUUCUCCUCUUCAUACCUAAACCCCCGUCUUCUUCACCAAUCUUCCACCGGAAACAACAAUUACUUGACCACAGAACCCCACUGGUUCAACCAGACUCUCGAUCAUUUCUCUCCUUAUGACCAUCGGCAGUUCCAGCAGAGAUACUUCGAAUAUCUGGACCACUUCCGAUCCCCCAAUGGACCAAUAUUCUUGAAUAUUUGUGGUGAAUCUUCAUGCAAUGGGAUAGCCAAUGACUAUCUAAGUGUUUUAGCUAAGAAGUUUGGAGCUGCUAUUGUUUCCCCGGAGCAUCGGUACUAUGGAAAAAGCUCUCCCUUUGAAUUACAUACUACAGAAAAUCUUAGAUAUCUUUCUUCUAAGCAGGCGCUUUUUGAUUUGGCUGCUUUCCGCCAAUUUUACCAGGAAUCCCUGAACAAGAAGCUCAAUAGGUCGAAUGUUGAAAAUCCAUGGUUUGUGUUCGGUAUCUCGUACUCGGGAGCUCUUAGUGCUUGGUUCCGCCUGAAGUUUCCUCAUUUGACUUGCGGAAGUCUUUCAAGUUCUGGUGUGGUUCUUGCUGUUCACAACUUUACAGAAUUUGAUCAACAGAUAGGCAUCUCAGCUGGCCCAGAAUGUAAAGCUGCAUUACAAGAAGUUACACAACUUGUUGAAGAAGGAUUGAACUCAAACCGGACAGCAGUAAAGUCAGCCUUUGGCGCUUCUGAGCUAACCAUUGACGGGGACUUCCUGUAUUUUCUGGCUGAUGCUGCCGUUACUGCUUUUCAGUAUGGAAAUCCUGACAAGUUGUGUUCUCCUCUCGUUGAAGCAAAGAACGCGGGUCAAGAUUUAGUGGAUGCUUAUGCCGCAUAUGUGAAAGACCAUUUUAAUAGUGUUGGUACAUAUAAUCAAGAAAACUUGAAGAACACUGCUUCUGGUAGUUCUGAUAGAUUGUGGUGGUUCCAAGUGUGCAGUGAAGUUGCAUAUUUCCAGGUAGCACCAGCAAACGAUAGCAUUCGGUCAUCCAAAGUCGACACCAGUUACCAUUUGGACCUUUGCAAGAAUGUCUUUGGAGAUGAUGUAUACCCUGAAGUUGAUGAAACUAAUCUGUACUAUGGAGGCACAAAAAUAGCUGGUACCAAGAUAGUAUUUACAAAUGGCUCACAAGACCCUUGGCGACAUGCAUCCAAACAGACUUCAUCUACUGAAAUGCCUUCUUAUAUCGUCACUUGUGACAAUUGCGGCCAUGGGACUGACUUGCGGGGCUGCCCUCAAUCACCAUUGAGUAUCGAAGGCGAUGCCAAAAGAUGUAGCUCUCCUGAUGCUGUCAACAAAGUGAGACAACAGGUUUCAGAGCACAUUGAUCUUUGGUUAUCUGAGUGCAGAAAUGAUGCUAGGGGUUGGAGCUCUGCAUAAUGUGUGGAUGCUUAUAGCCUUAUAUAGCUGGAAGUAUUUAACUUGUCCGAAGAUACGUGGUUUUACGGUUUUACCCAUCUUAAGCUACUAAUAUUUGGCAGGAAGAACACGACUUCUCUUCAUCCCCUGAAAUAAUGCUCCAAGGAUAAAUUCACUUCUUCCAAGGAAAUAACCUUUGAGAAAAUGAUGAGUUCCUUGGAAGAACUGAAAUUAUUUCUUGGAAGAAUCACCUCCUGUAGAAAAUCUGUAAAACGAAGAUGACAAAGAUUACUCUUCAAAUGCUUGUAAGAACUCAUUUACUUCAUAAUGAAGUACGUAUAUUAAUAUAUAAAUAUUAAUAGUUGAUGACA